AUGUAUACCCGCAAAGACGUUGCCCACCAUAACGCCCGGCACUCAUGCUGGGUCAUUGUCAGCAACCAUGUCUACGACGUGACCAAGUUCCUCGACGCACACCCCGGCGGCGCGGGCGCCAUUCUGCUUUAUGCGGGAAAAGAUGCGACAGCCGUUUUUGAGGCGACGCAUCCAGCGGGGACAUUAGGGCAGCUUCCUCACGAAUACCAUCUCGGACCUGUUGCCCCUAUCACCAGGGAUGCAGAAUUCAGUUUGGCUUCUAAGGAGAACAGAGGGGGCUCGCAAAGCUCUGAGUCACCUGUGCCUGCGCCCACACCCCAUCUUCACACCGUCCAAAACCUGAACGAGUUCGAGUCCAUCGCAAAGGCCUGCUUGUCUCCAAACGCCUGGGCCUACUACAAUUCUGCUGCAGACUCCCUCGCGUCUUUUCACAAGAACUUGACAGACUGGUCCAAGAUCGCUUUACGGCCUCGCAUCCUGCGAAACGUAUCCAAGGUGUCUCUGGGAAGGACCAUCAUGGGCCAUCGAAGUAGUCUCCCUGUAUUUAUUGCACCCACUGCGCGCGCAAAGCUAGGUCAUCCAGACGGCGAGGUGUGUCUUGCGCGUGCCGCUGCGAGACAUAAUAUCCUUUACGCGGUUUCGAGCUACGCCUCUAUUGGACAUGCCGAAUUAGCAGAAGAGUUCGUCAAAGAGAAAACUAGGUUGGUCCCUAUAAGUGCGCGGUCUGCGCAAGGAGCCCUAGGUUUCCAGCUAUACCUACCGUAUGACAAGGAAAGAGGCGGACGGGCAUUGAUUGCGAAGGCAAAGGACUUGGGGUUUCAAGCGCUAGUUGUCACUGUUGACACGCCCGUUGUCGGGAAACGCGAAGCUGAUGAGCGUUUUCAGGCGGAGCUGGAGGUGAUCUCUUCUGACCGUGCAGCCGUGCAGGUCAACGUACCGCGAAAGGCCGAGCCUGGUGGUGACGCUCCUGUUCUCCGCGGGUUCCAUUCGUCUUCACUCGAGUGGGACGAUAUCCCAUGGAUACGGGAGGCUUGGGGCCCGCAGCCGCUGAUUAUCAAGGGGAUUCAGACAGCCGAAGAUGCGCUUCGGGCGAGCGAGGCAGGUAUUGAUGGGAUAUACCUCAGUAACCACGGUGGCCGGCAGCUAGACUACGCGCCCAGUUCAAUUCAGACACUCCUCGAGAUUAAUCGUUUUUGUCCGGAGGUUCUCAAACGAGUCGAGGUGUACCUGGACGGAGGCGUGCGACGGGGAACAGAUGUUAUCAAGGCGAUUUGCCUCGGUGCGAAGGGGGUAGGGCUGGGCCGGCCGCUGUUGUACGCGCUCAGCGGGUAUGGGACUGGCGGGGUCGAUAAAGCAUUACAGAUUUUGAGUGAUGAAAUCGAGACCAGUUUGCGUCUUAUGGGCGUUGUUGACGUGUCCGAGUUAGAUUUGUCGUUUGUGAACACGACUGCUCUGGAAAAGGACCUGGUCUCCUCUUUCCUUCACCUAAAAGAUUAUUCAAGCAUAGCCUGA